AUCGUCCACUGCCUGCUCCCUACGCAGCUACGCUUUACUCCCUUCCCCUGCUUCGUCCUCGUUUCUCCUCGAACCCACCCAGCAGCGCCUUCUUCCUUCUUCCCGCCCAACCUCGGCCAUGCCCGUAGCGGCGCUCCGUCCUCCCCCGGUCGCUGUCGGCGCGGGACGCCGCAGCGCCCGACUCCAGGCGCGGUUCGCCCUCCGCGCGAGCUCCCUCGAGGCGUCGGCGGCAGUGACGGUGACAGUGAACGGGUCUGCAGAGGCCGCGGUGGAGAGGAAGGAGAAGGUGCAGGAGGAUAAGGACAACGAGGGACUGCCGGUGAAGGAGGAGCAGGAGAGGGGGCUGGAGGUCCUCUACGACGACGGCUUCGGCUCCGUGACCGUCAAGGACUACUUCGCGGCGGCCAAGGUCCUGUGCCGGGACGACGGUGGGCCGCCGCGCUGGUUCUCUCCCGUCGAGUGCGGCCACCCGGCCGUGGACCAAGCGCCGCUGCUGCUCUUCUUGCCAGGAAUGGAUGGCGUCGGCACGGGACUCAUCCUGCACCACAAGUCUUUGGGCAAAGUGUUCGAGGUUCGGUGCUUGCAUAUACCAGUCAAUGAUCGUACACCAUUUGAAGGACUAGUACAAAUCGUUGAAAAUUUGAUCAAGCACGAGCAUGAUUUAUCCCCGGACAGACCGAUAUAUCUUGUCGGAGAUUCAUUUGGCGGAUCCCUGGCACUGGCAGUGGCAGCUCGUAAUCCGCAGAUUGAUUUGGUUCUCAUACUAGUAAACCCAGCUACAUCAUUUGCAAAGACUCCAUUGCAGCCAGUAUUGCCUCUACUGGAAUCAGUGCCAAGCGAGUUUCAUGCUACAGUGCCGUAUCUUCUCAGUUUUGUCAUGGGUGACCCACUGAAGAUGGCUGCAGUUAGCAUUGAAAACAACCUAUCUCCUCCAGAAACUCUGCAGAAAUUGUCAGACAGUCUCACAUCAAUGCUUCCUUUGCUUUCAGAACUGUCUGAUAUUAUACCAAGGGAUACUCUUCUAUGGAAGCUCAAACUUCUCAAGGCAGGAGCAGCCUAUGCAAAUUCUCGUCUCCAUGCCGUGCAAGCCGAGGUUCUACUUCUUGCCAGUGGUAAGGACAAUCUUCUACCAAGCGGAGAAGAAGCGGAUCGACUCUUCAAGGCACUGAAAAACUGCAGAGUUCGAUACUUCAAGGACAAUGGCCAUACACUACUGCUGGUACAAAGCAUCACUCUUAAUAGCUCUCCUGUUAUCCCUAUCUCGCUAUCUGAUUAUACAUAUAUGUAUGUAUGCAAAAGGCAGUGUAUUUCUUCAGCUAUCAUUUUUGUGCCUGCGCAGGAGGAUGGCGUCAACCUGUUAACUGUCAUAAAAGGAGCGAACAUGUAUCGGCGUGGAAGGCAAAGGGAUUCUGUAACCGAUUAUCUCCCGCCUACUCUAAGUGAAUUCAGGCAAACAUUUGAUGUGGAUCACAGGCUGUUCCACCUUGCACUGAGCCCAGUCAUGAUGUCCACCCUGAAGGAUGGGAAAAUCGUCCGCGGGCUUGCCGGUGUCCCUGACAAAGGCCCAGUCUUGUUCGUGGGCUACCACGCGCUCAUGGGCAUUGAGCUGAGUCCUCUGUACGAGGAGUUCCUGAGGGAGAAGAGGACAGUCGUCCGCGGCAUGGCGCACCCGUUCCUGUUUGGGAAAAAGUUCGAGUCGUCGCGCCAGGAGACGUCCCGUUUCGACACUGUUUCUAUGUACGGUGGACUGCCGGUGACCCCGAUCAAUAUGUACAGGUUGUUCCAGAGGAACCAAUUUGUUCUGCUCUACCCCGGCGGCGUUCGGGAAGCUCUGCACAGGAAGGGUGAAGAGUAUAAGUUGUUCUGGCCAGAUCAGCCAGAAUUCGUAAGGAUGGCGGCGCGCUUUGGUGUAACUAUCAUACCCUUUGGGUGUGUUGGAGAAGACGACGUUCUCGAGUUGGUUCUGGACUACAACGAUCAGAAGAACAUUCCCGGGCUCCGGGAAUGGAUACAGUCGAUCAACAAAGAAGCCGAGAGAGUGAGGGACAGCGUAAAAGGAGAGGAUGGGAACCAGGACAUGUACCUGCCAGCUCUUCUCCCAAAAGUGCCUGGCCGAUUCUACUACCUGUUCGGGCAGCCGAUUGAGAUGAAAGGGAUGGGCAACCUUGUCAGAGAUAGGAAGAGCGCGAACGAGGUGUAUCUACGCAUCAAAUCGCAGGUGGAGGAGAUCAUGUCGUAUCUCAAGAGGAAGAGGGAGGAAGACCCUUACAGGAGCCUACCGCAGCGUGCACUGUACCAGGCAACAUGGGGCGCCUCCGCUCAGGUCCCCACUUUUGAGCCAUGAAGAUUGGGAGUAGGGAAGGGCGUCUGCGAGCGGACUGCAAUUCUUUGACAAGAUGCAAUGCGUUCUCAUUUCUGAGGAGAUCUCCCUCCCUCAUACGCUGAUUACAUAUACGGACUACGGACUAGUAUACCGCAAAUAUUGUACAUUUUUAGGAAAAAUAUGAAAUGAUGUUUUUAAACAAAAAAAACGCACUCA